GGCAUAUCAGCAUCUUCUGUUGUGCUAUUGCCUCCGAUAUGUCAUAAUUGAAUAUGAGAAGGAGCGGCGCAGCACGGCGACUCGUGAUAAUAGACCCUGGCAUCGCCAUCUCUGCAACCUUUAUUCAGCAGGCACUCCAAUAUUAGCAGCCCGAGCUACCUCCGCACAUUCGGUCUGCAACGGUCUGUGUCGUUCUAGAGAACAUACAUAAGCAGAGGGCCAGAGACCGUGUCGUCGCCGCCGCACGCCUCUCACGCAGUCCGCCAUGUUUCUCUGGUUCUGUGCGAUACUGAUCUUGGCAUACUCUAUAUUUCUGCGCCGCAGGAAAUCUAGCCUUCCUUUCCCUCCAGGUCCGCCUGGACGUCCCGUCAUCGGAAACGCUCUCGAUAUUCCAACGACAAACAUCGCGCGACGGCUCCACGACCUCGCAGCACGGUAUGGUAAAUUGGUGUACUUCAGCGUACUCGGUCGUUCCAUCAUCGUGCUCGACUCCUAUGACAUCGCGUGUGAAAUUCUGGAUAAGAGAUCGAGGAACUAUUCCGAUAGGCCCGACUCCGUCAUGGCGAAACUAACAUCAUUUUCGGAUUCCAACUUGCCACUGAUCUCGUAUGGACCAAGAUGGAGACAACAUCGGCGCAUAUUCCACCAGACUCUGCAACUCCCCACAGUGGACACCUUCUAUCGCUCUAACAUCCGGCAAGUCACGCGCGAACUUCUCUUGAACCUACUGGAGGGACCCCAGGCGUUCUCCCGACACAUCAACCACGCUUUCGUAGCAUCGGUGCUGAGCAUCGGCUACGGCAUCAGCAUACCUAGGGAUGACAAGUACUACGGAAAGCUGUUGCACGAGGCGUUGGAAACGCUAGAGGCCAUCGUGGUUCCUGGAAAGUAUCCUGUUGAGGUGAUUCCCGCAUUACAGUACCUCCCAACUUGGAUGCCAGGUGCUCGCUUCAAGAAGGAUAUCGGCGAUGUGCGGGAGAAGGUGUUGAACGCGAGAUGGGAGUUGUACGACAAGGCCAAGAGUCUUCUCGACUCCGAGUACGCCGGGGACACCAUGAUUGCUAUGAUGCUCCGACGAGCAGCGACGCUGGAGGGCACAGCUGCUGCGGAUGAAGAAGAGCAAUGUACAGGUGCCUUGAUAGGAACUUACCUGGCGGGCUCCGACACUACUGUUGCGUCUGUACGGGCGUUCUUCCUCGCCAUGGCAAUGUACCCCGACGUCCAGAAAAAGGCGCAAGCCGAGCUCGACCGUGUCGUAGGGCGGACACGCCUCCCUGACUUCGACGACCGCGAAAGCCUGCCAUACAUCAACGCGGUCGUGAAAGAACUCACCCGUUGGAAUGUGGUGGCGCCCAUGGGGCUUCCUCAUGCCGCUCUAGAAGACGACGAGUACAACGGUUACUUCAUCCCCAAGAGGACCAUCGUCAUCGCCAAUGUCUGGGCCAUGUCGCGCGAUCCCGUCACAUAUCCCGACCCGGAGACCUUCAACCCAGAACGCUUCCUGAAAGACGGCGAGUUAUAUGCGGGCGCUCUGGACCCAUACUCGUACAUCUUCGGGUUUGGUAGACGGGUUUGUCCCGGCCGCCACCUAGCAGACGCCUCGCUAUUCUUGACUUGCGCGUCAACGUUGCACGCGUUCAGCAUCUCGCCGCCGUUGGACGCUAGCGGUUACCCGGUGAAGCUCGAAGCAAGGGUGGAGACCGACCGUGUCAUCGCACAUCCGAAAGAGUUUGAGUGUAUCGUGGAGCCUCGGUGGGCAGGUGUUGCAGACCUUGUCAGAACGUAA